AGAUUUUUACCAUUUGGCCUUUUUAUAUACUGAUAAAAUCGUCUGUUCAACCUCCCUAAAACUUUCUGCUACAAAAAAAGUGAUUACAACAUCUGUGAUAUAUAUUCCUCUGCUUCAGCUCUUUGGUGGAUUUCAAAAGCAUUUCCUUGUUUUACUGCCAGGCCAUAGACUCUCUCUUUGUCAUUUAUGGUUACUGCCAUAAGCCUUCCAGUUUCUGAUCAGAAACAUUCCCUGAUAUAGACACUGACAGAUAUUUCCGUUUUUAAUCCAAACUUGGAAAAAAAAACAAUGCAGAAUUUUUCUAACAGUCCAGCUCCCACCUCUCUCCCCCAUGGGUUCAGUGGGAGGGGUGGAGGAGGACCUCCGUAUCCCCCUCAGCCAGCAGACCCCCAGAUCUCCCCUAGGAUGACAGAUGAUUACGCAGGGAUGCAGCAGAGCCUGCACAGAGGCCAUCACCACCCCAGUCAAGCCAGCCACAUGCUUGCUUACAGUGUUAGAAACAGAGGAGCUGUGGAGCCACCACCAACACAGGGUAACAUUCACAGUGGCAACAGUAACAACCCUUACAGGAAGGACGCCAUGGAUUAUUAUUUUUCAAUGGGCGGGAAGGACAGGCACAGAAGGGGAGGUAUGGGUUACGGGGCAGGCUUCGGGUACCCUAACAUCGAUGGACAUAUACCUCACCAGUAUCGGCAUGCUGGAUCUGGCUCUGCUCCAUCAUCUGGCCUGAUGUCACCGUAUCCAGUAGACUAUGGCAGCGGUGCCGGUUCAGGUGGAGGUGCUGGUGCCGGUGCGUUCUCUCCUACUCAUCAGUAUAAUAUGAGUCAGAACCCUGCAAUGCAGUCAGUGCCGGGUUCUCAGAUGCAACACCGCCAGCAUGGGCAAACCUUCCCAGGUGUCCACCAUGGACAGCAGCAUAGGAGCUAUCCACAUUCUGGCCACAGAAUGACCCCACAGUACCCACACUACUCCCCACAGGGUGGAGCGUCCACGGGGUCAUCAGGAAUGUACAGCCCCCCUCCGCAGAGAUAUCUCGACGGGGCUGCUAGCACUGGGUUUGAUCCCAAAGUCAACAGCUCUCCCAGUGUCAACUCCAGUUCAAACUCAGUCUCCAGUUCAGUUGCUGCUAACAAUGUGGGGCCAAUGGAGAAUGUUCAGCAGAGUUACCAUGCUUCAAAUUAUCCUGGAUAUUCCCCACAGACGCAUUCUCUUCACAAGCAGGCCACACUACAGCACCGCAACUCACAGCACAAUUUAGGGGUAGGCUAUGACAACUCUCUCAAGAUGCAGCACCAGGGUCCGUCUCCAGGGUCUGUAUAUGCUAAACAUCAUCAAGCCUCCAAUCCCAGUAUACCUCAAACAGCAUCUCAAGAAAUAGCCAAAUCCCCAAUGCAUCCCAGUGCUCAGCAAACCCAAAUCAACCAAAACUUUAGCCCGAUAUCCAACCCCUCUCCAGCUGCCUCAGCAGUGCAUUCCCCCAGCUGUAGCUCCUCUCCUUCCCCUUUGAUGGGUGUCUCGGAGGCACAUGGAAACCCCUCAGGUCAUGGUCCUUCACAUCCUCCUACAUCAAAUCCCCGUAGCAGCCAUGGUCAUGGCAGAUUACUGCAGACCAUGCCUCAGUUAAGUCCCACACCCAACUCAAAUAGCAGCAUCAGUAGUUGUGGUAGCAGUGGCAGUCAUAAAGCUCACAGCAUGAGUUCAGUCGGAGGGAGCAGUCUUCCUCCAACAGGCCGCAACAAAAUGGGUGUAGGUACAGGAAUUGGAUCCAGAGAGGAAGGCUCCUCUGUUUAUUCAUCUUCUCCACUUGACAAAAUGCAGGAUGCGGGCCUGAAUAGUCUUAAUGCCUUGACCUCACAAGUAGCCAAUUUACCCAACACAGUUCAGCACAUGCUCCUCACUGACACGGUGCUUUCGCAGAAGAAGAAAGAGGGUGGGCAGAUGCAACAGGUGACACAUGGCGUGCCCCCAUCGCAACCAAGGAGUCGAAAUGCAAGUGCAGCCUCAAGUACUAGCACAGUCAAAGAUGGAAGUGCAGUGGGGAGCGGUGAUGGUGCCAGCUUAGAUGUUGGUGCUGAUGAAGACUCCUCAUUGAUGUCAGUUGGAGGCUCAUCAGGGACCAAGGUGGAGCGUGAGGAACAGUUUUCUGAGGGAGAACAGGGCAGAGUGAGGCAGAUGAGUGGUGCAAGCAGUGGAUCUGAAACAACCGGCUAUCACCCUCCACCUCAGAGUCAAACCCAACCGCAGACUGGACAAGCAUCAAAUGUUAAAACAGUCAGCUCUGAUUCAAAAGAAGCAAGUGUUUCAGAAACAAAAGCGAAUGAAGCUCACGCUCCUUUGUCCUCGUCUCCAUCCUUUGGAUGUCAGUCGGCGGAGACUGGCCCAAGUUCGCAUUCAGCACCUCCAGUUUCCUCAUCCCCCUCAUCCACCUCUUCCAGCAUUCCUCCUGCCCAGCCAAAUUGUGUCUCAGAGCCUGGUUUAACAUAUAAUGACAACAGAGGAGGCCACAGAAAGACAACAGAAAUUAAAAACGAAGUCAUCAAAAAUGAAAGUGAAAGUGCCGUCGAGAAAGCAGAGAAAGGCAACAGCCAAAUGCAACAAGAUGGGGAAGUCAAUACACAGAAUGGUCAGGACAAAGAAAAUAGGUUGCACACUGCAUCCAGAUUACACAAUAACGAGCGGGAAGAAAAGCACACAUCUGAGGAGCAGCAAAGUGCCAGUAGUGUCGGUGUGAUUGUUUCAGCUCGAUCUGAGGGAAGUCACACAGAAAAAAGCAAGCACCACCUAGACAACUGUAUUGAAGAGAAACAGUCACACCCGUACUUAAGAGAGUCAGGCAGUCAUAAUGGGGAGGAAGGAGUAGAUCUGAGUCUAUAUUCCUCCCAUCACCAGAAAUCAAAUUUUGGACGGCCUCAAAAUCCUCCUCAGUCUGGACCACAUAAAUAUGGCUACCCAGAAUCAACAUAUGGCUCAGAUUUGUCGGUGAAGAAGAGAGGGAGGGCUGGCGCUGCAAGUGUAAUGGAAUCAAAUUCCAGAUAUUUAGGUUACCAACCGUCACAAACUGGUUAUGGCCCUGUGCAUCCAAAAGAUGCUGGUUCUGUAGCAGAGGGUUUGGUGAAGAGAGGGCAAGGAGCAGGAGGUAAAGUUCAGGAGGAUAAUUCACAAAUGCAGCAGUUUCCCAGCCUUUUGCAAGAAGUUCUUCAGGGUUACAAUUUAGAUAGACGUUAUGGCAGACCCGAGCAGGCAUUUCCUGCCCAUCUCCAGGUUCAGCAACAGUUUCAAACCAGACAUCCUUAUGGCGUGGCUGAAAAUAUGAGAAUGCAGAGUGGAGUUACUGAGGCUUCGGCUCAUUCUGCCCAAAUGGGCAGCUCUGGAAAGCCCUCACAUGCAAACCUGAGGCAUGGAAGUGAGCCUGAUUUCACCACAGAUCCUCAGUCUGCAGUGAAGUCAGAAGUAUCCAACGCUAAGAUUUUGCAAAAUGCUGAAAAACCUGAAGUGGGUGUGUCCCAGAGUCAUUUACCACAGGCUACAGAGUCUCAGCAACCCCCACCCAAACAUAUAAACUUAGCUGACUAUUCUCUGCCUCAGAGAAAAGUGUUAUCUAAUGUGUCCACUCCAUCCUCUGCUGUGCAGGAGCUCCUUUUGCAAGAGCCAGAGCCGCUAACUGGCAGCAUUGGUCAAACAGAGUCUCAAAAAUCAUCAGGCUCCGUAUUAGCCCCAUCAGAGCGACGCUCCGUCAUCUGUGAUGUGUCGCCAAACCGACGCAGCACACCAGAGAGGGACAGGGAAAGUGACAGAGAGAGAGAGCGGGAGAAAAGUCAGAGUGGAGCCUCUGUGAUUCAACAGCCAUUUUCCUCUCCUGCAGCAGCAGCAGCCAAUGAUCUGAGCAAAAAAGAUACAGGAGAGAAACAAGUGGUGAAAAUGGAAACGGCAUCAAAAGAGGCUGGUCCAGAUGCUGUAAAUUUGCAAACUGAUCAUCAUGGCAGCGGUGGAGCAAAUGAGGCAGACAUGGAGUAUCAUCCCAAGUCUAUUCAUUCAUCUGUUGUAAUGAAUGCUGACCCCUAUAGGCGAGGUAACGUAGAUAUUUCCCCCUUGCCUUCUCACCCUAUGAGCACUAAUCCUUUAUCUUCACCCUCAAGGCAUCAGCCCUAUCUUCAUGGUGUUGAUUUAUCAACUGGCAGUGGCAGCGGUCUUCCUGGAUAUCGCUAUGGAGAUACAAGAGAAGGCAAUAUAAUGCCACGCAGCAACCCUCAUUUCCCCCCUCACCAUCCAUACCACAGCUUAUCCCCCGGGGCUCAAUCCACAAAUAAGCUUCAAAUGUAUCCUCACCCUCGCGGCCUCCCUCAUCACCCACAUGACAUGAGUGACUGGGUAAAAGCAAUGAACAGGCCAUCUAAGGAGAUGAUGUUGCAGCCAGGUUCUUCUCCAGGAAGACAUAAGGUCAGCCAAUCAGAGCAGAGACAGAGGAUGAUCUCCCAGACUGACAUGCCCGGUGAACACGCAACCAAAACUUCACUCCAUCAUCAAAGCACUUACUUUGAUAUGAAAAUGUGGGAGUCGACGCACCCUGGAAGAGAAGGCCCCAGACUGAUGGAGGGAGACUCCUACUACAGAACACAGCCGCCUCCACCACCUCCUCCUCCCCCUCCCCCUCCUCCAGCUCCGGUAGCUUCGCAUGGCCCCACUCCUCCACAGAUGACUCAUGGCCCAAAUGCUGCUGAACCUGAGGUCUCCCGAGGAACCACAGAGGAAGUCAAACAUCCCUGCCCACCUCCUCCAUCCAGCUCCACUAAGCCUCCUUCUGACAUGAACCCCGCUCCGCCGCAGGUGCAGCGUCAGACUAAAGCCGGGGGUCCUGGAGACACAAAUCCACUAAUAUUGAGAAGGCGAGUUCGUUCUUUUAUCUCUCCGAUUCCCGCCAAAAGGCAACUCCAGGAUGCAUCUCAGCAGAGGGCUGCCACAAAUUCACAUCACUCCCCUGGGGCCCAGUCUGAGACCAGCCAUCACAAUGAAGAUGACUCAUCCAGUUCAGAUAUCCCAUGUCCCAGACUCUCUUCUCCUCUGCAUGGAGAUAAUACCUAUUCACAACCUCUGUCUCCAUCACAUGGUAAUACCAAGGUUUUGCAUCCCAGGAAAGGACGAGGUUUGAAACUAGAGGCAAUAGUACAGAAAAUCACACCAAAUAUUAAAAAGCCAGCAGGCCACGGUGACGAUGAGUCGAAUCAUUACCCAGGCUUCUCUCACUCAGAUAUACCACCAUUUAAUGAUUCACAGGACCAAGACUUAACACAUUUCCCUAGGGUUGCAGGAGGGGAUGACAGCUACAUGGAUGAAAGUCACUCAUUAAACGACAUGAUUCCCUUCAGAGGAGUUGAUGAGACUGGGCCUUUACCCCCGUCUGCUUACCCAUGUGAUCCCCACCAGACAUCCCAAGCCCUCAAACAGCAAGACUUUGACUUUGGAUUAGGAGCCGCUGUGGCAUCAUCAUCUGAUGACAAGGAGGACUUUGCUUUGCUCGGACCUUUGCCCCCUCCUCCGCCCCUUCCUCGCCCAGUCCAAGGUUCCCCACCGCCAUCCUCAUCUGCCCUGUCAGACAUUCAGCAUUUCACCAACACUUACCAACAGCUUGAGACUAGAAGAGGAGAGCAGUCUGCUGCUAACCUUCUGCGACAGAAACUUCAAGAAUCUGGCAUAGGAUUUGAUGAUUAUCCUGGCAGUGACUACUAUGGAACCACCACGCCCCACCACGGCCAGACUCAAGGACACAUGCUGAACAGACAUCAGAUGUCCUCUGGGAGGUCCAGUCUGUCACCACAGGAUUCUAAGCCCCCAGAGAAUGUUGUGCCUAAAGGAUAUUUCCCAUCUGGCAAGAAGAAGGGCAGGCCUGUAGGGAGCGUGAAUAAACAAAAACGGGCCCAGAACCAAGCCCAAACACAGGCACAGGCUCAGUCUCAAGUCCAGACACAGACCACAACUCUGAGUGCUCCUCCAGCCCCACCCACUCCAGCUACAGCUGCUGCUACAACUCCACAGACAGUGCAGACUACCAGCAGCACACCAGCCCCUGCAGCACCCCCACUGCCAGACACUAAAAUCACUCCCCCUCUGGCACCACCCGUUUUAACCCAGGUAGUGAAAGUGGAUGUCGAGAGUGAGGACACACAGCCAGAGACUGAGGUCAAACCUGUGCGACGGAGACGCAGAGGUGUGAAAGAUGAAGACGAGCCACUAGGAGUAAGAGGGCGACAGAGGAGGAGGAGGAGAGGGGCAGCAGUGGCUACACCAUCCGUGGCCAAAGAUGACCCAGACACAUCUUUAGGGGCAGGAGGGAGUCUCGGCACAAACAGAGUCUUCUUGGAUCCAAAUAGAAAAGGCCUGUUUGUUCCACACAUACAUGUGGAAAAAAAAAUACCAGAGAUUGGGGCGGUGUGCACCAUUGUAAAUGCUGAGGAGGACAAGAUGAAAGGAGAGCGUAGUGCAGUCGUGGGGAAAGCAGGCGGGAGUGGAAUUGAAUCUCUCCUGACCUCAGCUCUUUCCUCCCAGUUAUCUAGGAGAGACAGAGAAUCAGAGAAAAGGACGACGGACGAGGUGGAAACUACACUUCAGUCAGGAAAAGCACUGCCUUCGUCUGGCUAUGUUGUUUCAGGCCCCGUGAUUACAGAGACCGACCACUCCGGCCGCUUGCUUUGCUGCCUGUGUCAGAAAUGGGCAAAUUACAAACAUCUUGGAGAUCUCUAUGGGCCUUACUAUCCAGCUGAAUAUGCUGCAAAGCUCCCCAAGAACCAGCCCCAGGUCAGACAGUGUCAAGCAACCACAGGCACAAACAAAACAGGACCAAAUUCAGAUGUAAGCUCAAAUGCUCUGAGCACUGUCCAAGACUCACAAACACAAGAUGCUCAGUUUACCAAGCCUUCAGCUGAGAGCGACUGUGCCAUCAGCCUCGAUUCAAACCCAACAUCUCUUACCACGCCAGUUAGAACUGCCUCCCCAGCUGGUAGAGAGGAUAUGUUGAUGCAUGAGGCUGGCAAGCUCGGGAACACCGCCUCCUCUCCCUCCUCCUCCUCCACCACAACCACCAGUAAAACGACAUCGCUAACCUGGGACAUGAACCUAGAUAUCCGACCUAUCCCUGAGCUUAAGAGGGAGCCAGACCUAGAGGUUGACCAGCAGCAGGUGCAAAAACAGCUGCAGCCGCCGACUGACGAAGCUCAACAGCGACCUCAACACAGAAAGCUGACCUCACAUCCCCGCUUUAAGAGGAGGCACAAAUCUAGUGAGGAUUCCCCCAGAAUGGUGCCAUCCAACAGCAAGGCGUCCCUACCCUUCCAGCCCCCUCCACCGGCCUUGGAUUCCCUGGGACCCCUGGCACAACUCGCCCAGCUGCCUCAGAUGCCCAUGGACCCAGAGGAGCUGUGGGUCCACGAGGGAUGUAUAGUGUGGACCAGUGGAGUGUACCUUGUCAAUGGGAGGCUGUAUGGCCUGCAGGAGGCACUAGAUGGCGCCAGAGAAACAAGCUGCUCAUAUUGUGAAAUGGUCGGCUCAACGCUGGGCUGCUACAGUAAAGGCUGUACACUUCGCUAUCACUACCUGUGCGCUAUUGAGGCAGAUUGUUCUCUGAACGAAGAUAACUUCUCUCUGCGGUGUCCGAAGCACAAGGUAAAGAAAGAGAGUUUACCCAGAGCAUCCGGCCAGCCAAGUCAGUGUACCUGGAGCAGUCAGAGAGAGGCUGAGAGAAACGGAGAGGAAGAAGAGACACAGGAGUCUGGGAGCUGUUAGUUUGGACAAUAGAAGGCUGAGAAGCCUGUUUGUGAAGCAGCCCCAAAUGUGAAAGGACAGGACUGGCAUCUGUGACGGACAACAACAAAAGGGAAUGUACAAUUUCUCUACAGGAAUCAGCAUUAUUUACAUUUAAGACAAUGAGGAAAAGAAACCUUUUUUGUUCUGAGAGAAUUAUUGCUCUUUACUUAAAAGCAGAAAAAGAAAAAAAAACAUGGACAUGCAACAUAGAGGAACAGAGCUACAAGAAAAAGACAAAAAAAAAAACAGCUACAAAGGUCAAAGUGGAAUAAAAUGAGAUGUCAAGACUGAUGGAGGAACUAAAGGAACUUUUCUUUAAAGAACAAAAGAAACUUCCUCCCUAGGCUUACUUUGAUUUUCUUCAGACACCCUCAAAGUGUUAAACUCUUGUUUAUCAUCAUCUGUAUUAUCAUUUACCUUUUUUUUUCCAGGUUUUUUUUGUUUGCUUUGAAGAGGAGUAUUGGGAGCAAGCUGGGUGUCAAACCCAGGAAAGAAAAGGAGAGAAUUUUGUAUCCUCUCGCAAGUAGUAUUUUAUCUUAUGUUAUUAGGAUGAUCUCAAUUAUUAUUUUAGUCCUCAUUAUUAUUUUGUAUCCUCAUUAGUAUUUACUCAUAAAGAUGAAAUGGAUGUAUCUCACUUUAUAUUCAGUCAACACAUAAAUUGAAUUUUUUUUUUUUUUAAUUUUCUUCCAUUCCUGGAGAGGGAGGAGCCAGAGUGAUGUCUGGAAUGUCAGGGUUGAUUUGCCACAAAGACAUUAUUGCCUUGGAGAACGGACAUCUGUUGCCUUUCAAAAGUCAUGUGUAUGAGUGAGAAGUGUGUGUGCGUGCGCGUGUGUGUGUGUGUGUGUGAGAGAGAGAGAGAGAGAGAAACUGAAAAAUGCCGAUAUCUAGGUCUUUGAUUCCAUUUUGGUCCUUUUGAAAAGUGUUCUUAUUUUUCAUCACUGGGGUUUUUACGGUACAGAUAGUAUUCAUGAAAAAUCAGAUGGACACAGUCUUAUUUUUCAAGUACAAAAUGUUUGUAAUGUGCAAAGAGAAGGACAGAGCCUUGUAAGAGGAGGAGAUAACACUAUGGACUAAUGCGUGUCUGCCAUCUUUAGCCGUGCUGACUGGAAAAAGAUGAAGGACAGGACGCUGAAGAGUUUUCAUUGUUGUGAAACUGUGUACUGGGUGCACAAGUGCAUAUGUUCUACAUAGGAAGUAGCGUUUGACUGACGGGCGUCAGUCCCUCGGACAGUGAUGAAACUUUUCUGGGACUGAAAACUUUGGAGAAAGUGUCAUACGAGUGGCUGUGAUUGGCCAACUGUACUGGCCCGUGGGGAGUAAGCCUGACCAUGUACUUUUGAAUGGUUUCAUUCCUAAGUGACACAGCAGCGACAUGAUCGGGAGAUGCAAAAUCCAUUCAAAAGAAGCAUUGCCAUAAAAUUUAAAAGUGAGUCGUACAUGGUGUUGUCUUUAUCAUUUUUUAUUGUUAUUCUUGUAAAAAAAAAAAAAAAAAGCUGAGAAGAAGACAGUUACACUAUCAAAACCAUGCUGUAUUAGAAACCUGUCAAUAUGUAUAUGAAUUAUGAAUACACUUAAAAAAUGCUUCAA